GCGUGUGGCGCAUCUGGCAACCCUAGCUGGGCCGUUCACGAGGUUCUUCCUUUCUCAGCCAGCACCGUUGAGGCGAGUGAGUGCGUGGCCUGGAUGGGCUGGUGAAAUUAGUCCAAAUCCCCUCGAGUCAGUCCAUUUGGAGUUUCACUAGAACACCGCCAACAUGCCGGCGUAUUUCCAGCGGCCGGAGAAUGCUCUGAAACGAGCGAACGAGUUUCUCGAGGUUGGCAAGAAGCAGCCAGCCUUGGAUGUUUUAUACGAUGUCAUCAAGAGCAAGAAACAUCGAACAUGGCAGAAGAUCCACGAGCCCAUCAUGCUCAAGUACCUGGAGCUCUGCGUGGAUCUUCGCAAGAGCCACCUGGCCAAGGAGGGUCUCUACCAGUACAAGAACAUCUGCCAGCAGGUGAACAUCAAGUCUCUGGAGGAUGUGGUCAGGGCUUACUUGAAGCUGGCGGAGGAGAAGACUGAGACGGCGAAGGGGGAGUCCCAGCAGAUGGUCCUGGACAUUGAGGAUCUGGACAACAUCCAGACCCCAGAAAGUGUGCUCCUGAGCGCUGUGAGCGGAGAGGACACUCAGGAUCGUACUGAUCGCCUGCUGCUCACUCCCUGGGUGAAGUUUCUGUGGGAGUCAUACCGCCAGUGCCUGGACCUGCUCCGAAACAAUUCCAAGGUGGAGCGGCUGUACCAUGACAUCGCCCAGCAAGCAUUCAAGUUCUGCCUUCAGUACACCCGCAAAGCUGAGUUCCGUAAGCUGUGUGACAACCUGCGUAUGCACCUGGGGCAGAUCCAGCGCCACCAUAACCAGAGCACGGCCAUCAACCUGAACAACCCUGAAAGCCAGUCCAUGCACCUGGAGACACGGCUGGUGCAGCUGGACAGUGCCAUAAGCAUGGAGCUCUGGCAGGAAGCCUUCAAGGCUGUUGAAGACAUCCAUGGCCUGUUUGCUCUUUCCAAGAAGCCUCCCAAACCUCAGCUGAUGGCCAACUACUACAACAAGGUGUCAACUGUGUUCUGGAAAUCUGGAAAUGCUCUUUUCCACGCCUGCACCCUCCAUCGCCUCUAUCACCUGUCCAGGGAGAUGCGUAAAAAUCUGACCCAAGAUGAGAUGCAGAGGAUGUCCACCAGAGUCCUCCUGGCCACACUGUCCAUCCCCAUCACCCCUGAGCGCACUGAUAUUGCUCGGCUGUUGGACAUGGAUGGCAUCAUUGUGGAGAAACAGCGCAGGUUGGCCACGCUCCUGGGUCUCCAGUCUCCACCAACCCGCCAGAGUCUCAUCAAUGACAUGGUGAGAUUUAAUUUGCUACAGUACGUUGUCCCUGAUAUCAAAGAACUUUACAACUGGCUGGAGGUCGAAUUUCAUCCUCUGAAAUUGAGUGGAAGGGUCACCAAGGUAUUGACCUGGGUGAAAGACCAGGCUGAGAAGGAGGCUGAUCUGCAACAGUAUGUUCCUCACCUGCAGAACAACACCAUCCUCAGGCUCCUGCAGCAGGUUGCACAGAUCUAUCAAAGCAUUGAGUUCAACCGUCUGGCCUCCCUGGUUCCGUUUGUGGACGCCUUCCAGCUGGAGCGCUCCAUUGUGGAUGCUGCUCGCCACUGUGAUCUGCAGGUCAGAAUAGAUCACACCUCUCGAACUCUGAGCUUUGGAUCUGACCUGAACUACUCAACCAAAGAAGACGCUCCUGUUGGCCCGUUCCUACAGAACAUGCCCUCAGAGCAGAUCAGGAAUCAGCUGACUGCCAUGUCUUCUUCUCUGGCCAAGGCAAUCCAGGUCAUCAAGCCUGCCUCCCUCUUGCAAGAGCGUGAGGAGCACAGCCAGCAGGCCAUCGCUGCCUACCUGAAAAAUGCACGCAAGGAUCACCAGCGCAUCCUGGCUCGCAGACAGACCAUUGAAGAGCGUAAGGAGCGCCUGGAGAGCCUGAACAUCCAGCGUGAAAAGGAGGAGCUGGAACAGCGGGAAGCUGAGAUGCAGAAAGUCAGAAAAGCUGAAGAGGAGCGUCUCCGCCAGGAGGCCAAAGAAAGGGAGAAGGAGCGCAUCAUGCAGGAGCAUGAGCAGAUCAAGAAGAAAACAGUCCGUGAAAGACUGGAGCAGAUCAAGAAGACUGAACUUGGGGCCAAGGCCUUCAAAGAUAUUGAUAUUGAGGACCUGGAGGAGCUGGAUCCCGACUUCAUCAUGGCCAAACAGGUGGAGCAGCUGGAGAAGGAGAAGAGGGAACUCCAAGAGCGUCUAAAGAACCAGGAGAAGAAGAUUGACUACUUUGAGAGGGCAAAACGCCUCGAGGAGAUUCCUCUGAUCAAAAAAGCUUAUGAGGAGCAGCGCAUCAAGGACAUGGAACUGUGGGAGCUCCAGGAGGAGGAGAGGAUCAGUAACAUGAAGGUUGAACGGGAGAAGGCUCUGGAGCACAAAAAUCGCAUGUCCAGGAUGAUGGAGGACAAAGAGAACUUUUUGUCUAAAAUUACUGAUGCCAGGAGCUUCAUUUAUGAGGAAAAACUGAAAGCCUUCCAGGAGCGUUUGGUGGAGGAGAGGAAGAAGCGUCUGGAAGAAAGGAAGAGGCAGCGAAAAGAGGACAGGCGUAAUGCUUACUACCGCCAGAAAGAGGAAGAGGAACAGCGUAUCCAUGAGGAGUCUCUCAAGAAAGAGCGCGAAGAACGUGAACGCGUGGAACAAGAGCAGCGAGAGGAGGAAGAGAGGGAGUACCAGGAGCGUCUGCGCAAGCUUGAAGAGCAGGAACGCAAGCAGCGUGCUCGUCAGCAGGAGAUCGAGGAGCGAGAGCGCCGUCGUGAGGAGGAGAAAAAGGCUCCAGCAGAGGAGAGACCCAAGGAGUGGGGUGAAAAGGAGGAGGGAUGGAGGAGGCGCACAGACGGAGGUGACUCAGAAUGGCGUCGUCCUGUGCCUGACAGGGAGAGUAAACAGGAAGGCCAAGAUGAAGAGAGCGAGGACAAGGAGGUGCCCUUCAGGCGAGCUGAAGUUCCUCGCAGGGUCGGAGAAGACAGAGGACCCCGUCGGGGCUUUGAUGAUGAUCGAGGCCCACGUCGUGACGAUGAUCGUCCUGCACGCAGAGGCUUUGAUGAUGAUCGUCCUGUACGCAGAGGCUUUGAUGACGAUCGUCCUGUACGCAGAGGCUUUGAUGAUGAUCGUCCUGCACGCAGAGGCUUUGACGAUGAUCGCCCUGUACGCAGAGGGUUUGACGAUGAUCGUCCUGCACGCAGAGGUUUUGACGAUGAUCGCGGUUCCAGGCGUGGCUUUGACGAUGAUCGCGGUCCCAGGCGUGGCUUUGACGAUGAUCGCGGUCCCAGGCGUGGCUUUGACGAUGACAGAGGUUCACGCAGAGGCAUGGAUGACUCAAGGGGUCCUAGGCGUGGGGCUGAUGAUGACUGGGGCCCCAGAAGAGGAGGAGAUGAGGAUGGAGGUGGAAGGAGAGGCAUGGAUGAGGGGCCACGUCGCGGUGACGAUCUCAAACCAUGGAAACCCCUGGGUAGACCUGGUGGCUGGCGUGAGAGGGAGAAGGCCCGAGAGGACAGCUGGGGACCUCCCCGUGAUGAUGCCCAUGAUAAUGAAGAUGAGGGCAAAGAAGAGGAGAGAGACAGCGACCGCUUCAGAGACCGUCGUCCACAAAGAGAGGAAAGUGCCUGGAGAAAAGCAGGAGAUGAGGAGGGAGGAAGCGGCUGGAGAGACUCUCGCAGAGAGGACACUGGCCGGGUUGAUCGCGUUGACAGGGGUGAACGUGUUGAUCGGGGUGAUCGCGACGACCGCCGUGAUAGAGACCGCCGGGAUGACCGCGAACAAAGAGCCCCACCCAGAGAUCAGGAUGGAGGAAGCUCUUGGCGUCGUGGAGGUGACGAUAAGAGGGAGGAGAGGGACAGGGACCGUCCCAGAGAGAGGGACCAAGAACAAGAACGUGGGGAUGCUGACGGAGAGAGGGGUUGGCGUACUGACAAAGAAAUCCCUCGUCGCACCAAGAAUGAGACAGAUGAUGAUGGCUGGACCACUGUCCGCCGCUGAGCAACAGUUUUUGCAUCUCUUUGGCUCUUAUGAUAAAUUGGCUUCUGAUAUUCAUGUGUGUUAAUUUUUUGGAUGAAAUAUUUGUAGACGGUAGUUUUCCCGGGAAUACUUUCCUUUUAUUUUGAGUUUCAGCUGUUCUGACAGAGGCUUUCUACCACCUCAAAAACAUCAGCUAAUGAGCUUGUGUCCAGUUAGGCCCCAUGCAUACCAUCUAUCUUAACAUGACUGCCCCCAGUGGUUUGGAGUGUUAUUGCCUAAUAUGAGAGGAGAAGCUGAUAAAACUGAAAACCAAUGUACCUGCUCCAACUUCCAAUGCAAACUCAGUGUAUCACCAAAUGCCUAUUUUGAACAACUAACCUUUGCAUAAACAUUAUAUGAUAAAACACUUGUAAUAGUAACAAUCAUCAGCCUCACUGAUAAUCUGCUCUUCAUCUCAGUUUCAGAUGGUCCUUAAUGAUCUAGUGGAAGUUUCCAUUUCGAUACGUUUGCUUCAGAUUUCGAUUGGGCUCGUUCAAUAUCCCGCGUGUGCUUCUAUCUUGCUGCAAUUGAUAACAAACCAGGUUGCAUGUGUACAGAUGAAGCCUUUAUUAAUAAAGAUGUUUGCUCAACA